AUGGCGGCGGCGGCGGACGGCGGCGUGUCGAGGCUGGCGUCGCAGCGGGCGGUGGUGAUCUUCGGGACGAGCAACUGCUGCAUGUGCCACGCUGUGAAGACGCUCUUCUCGGAGCUGGGGGUGGGGUGGGCGGUGCACGAGCUGGACAAGGACCCGGGGGGCAAGGACAUGGAGAAGGCGCUGGCGCGCAUGGUGGGCCGCUCGCCGCCCGUGCCGGCGGUCUUCAUCGGUGGCAAGCUCGUGGGCCCCACCGACCAGAUCAUGGCGCUGCACCUCCGCGGCAAGCUCGUGCCGCUCCUGCGCGAGGCCGGCGCUCUCUGGCUCUGA